AGAGGGGGGCGCUAGUCGGAUGCUAAUGUUCAUCAGCUAACAGUCGGCAUAUUCAUUGUGGGGAACCAGGAUAUUCCGCUCGCGUACAAAGAUUGAAAGUAUAUAUAUAUUGAAGAAAACAGCCGAAUGUAAAUUGGAACAAACAUUUUGAACGACAUUGGGAUGAACUGGCGUAAAAAAACAGACGUUGUUCCGGACGAGGAGGCUCGGAGGUUUUGAAGCUCUUAACUUUGGACAGCGAGCUAAUGCUACGCCUACGAUUUUUGCUGGAUAAACAUUUGGGAACUUUUAUGAAGUGCGUCUUGUUUACCUAUUUGAGAAUUGCACAGUUAGCUGUUAUUCUGUGCUGUGUUCUUAUUUGAUGGAAUAUUUUGUUUGCUACAGCAACAUGAAUUCGGUUUUGCUACGAUACAUUCAAGGCUAAUUUGCUACCGCUAGCUUGCUCGAAUGCUAACUGACGUUAGCGUAACCGGGUCAGAUAGCAACUUGAACAGCGAAGUUUCGGGGACAUUACACGACUGUGCUGUUGCUCGCAGGCAAUUUCUGCUGCCACAAGAAGUAAACUUUUAACAAUGUUUCAAAUGGAAACACACAUAUCGUGCCUUUUCCCGGAAAUCUUGGCCAUUAUUUUCUGUUACUUGGACGUGAAAGACAAAGGAAGAGUAGCCCAAGUGUGCGCGGCCUGGAGGGAUGCGUCCUAUCACAAGUCUGUGUGGAGGGGGGUGGAAGCCAAACUUCAUCUGCGGCGAGCUAACCCGUCUCUGUUCCCCAGUCUGCAAACCAGAGGGAUCAAGAAAGUCCAGAUUCUCAGUCUCCGAAGAAGUCUGAGUUACGUGAUUCAAGGGAUGCCGCACAUCGAAAGCCUUAACCUGUGUGGAUGCUUCAACCUCACCGAUAACGGUCUGGGACAUGCCUUUGUGCAGGACAUCCCGUCACUGCGGGUGCUGAACCUCAGCCUGUGCAAACAGAUCACAGACUCCAGCCUGGGCAGGAUCGCCCAGUACCUGAAGAACCUGGAGGUGCUUGAACUUGGGGGAUGCAGCAACAUCACUAACACGGGCCUGUUGCUCAUUGCAUGGGGCUUGCACAGACUCAAAAGCCUCAACCUCCGCAGCUGCAGGCAUGUGUCAGAUGUGGGGAUCGGUCACCUUUCUGGGAUGACCCGCAGUGCUGCAGAGGGAUGCCUGUCUCUGGAGAAAUUAACCCUGCAGGACUGCCAAAAGCUGACAGACCUUUCUCUCAAACAUGUCUCAAAGGGCUUAAACAAGCUCAAGGUGCUCAACCUCAGCUUCUGUGGUGGGAUAUCGGAUGCAGGGAUGAUCCACCUGUCACAGAUGAGCCAGCUGUGCAGCCUGAACCUGCGCUCCUGCGAUAACAUCAGUGACACUGGGAUAAUGCAUCUGGCCAUGGGCUCCCUCCGGUUAUCUGGGCUUGACGUCUCCUUCUGCGAUAAGAUUGGAGACCAGAGCCUCGCUUACAUCGCUCAGGGGCUGUAUCAGCUCAAGUCUCUAUCUCUGUGCUCAUGUCACAUCAGUGAUGAUGGUAUCAACAGGAUGGUGCGCCAAAUGCAUGAACUCAAAACUCUAAACAUUGGGCAGUGUGUACGAAUCACAGACAAGGGUUUGGAGUUGAUAGCCGACCACCUGACGCAGCUGACGGGGAUUGAUCUGUACGGGUGUACCAAGAUCACCAAGAGAGGUCUGGAGAGGAUUACACAGCUCCCGUGCCUUAAAGUAUUAAACCUUGGAUUAUGGCAAAUGACAGAAAGUGAAAGAGUGAGGUGACAGUUGCCAUAAACACCUUUCAUCCUGUUUCCAUCAGUUGCUUACAGAGACAAACUGCUUGUAUUCAUUUUUAAUUUAACCUUGUACUGUGACUUUCAUAGGGACCCACUGGAAUAACUUACAGCAAUACUACUUUUAUUUCGAUUUUUUUCCCAGCUGCCUUUGUUUUUGUUUUAUCACAGCCUGUGUACAGUUUUCCCUAGCUACCUCACUCAGUGAACACAGGAGUGCCUACUGUUGAAUUCUGGGUUAGAUGGUCUAUUUUUGUGUCUUGUACUAUUAAAGAUUUUGACAUUAAAAAAAAUUCUCAUUAGAAUAAGAAUUUGAAGUCAAAAUUUAAAGUUGGGAGUUUAGUGCAUUUAAAGUUUAAAAAUGUUCAUGUGAAUAUUUCUUAGCUUGUUUGUGUUAAAUGUCCGACUCUUGACAAAUGUGUACUUCAAAUUGAAGUGAGCGGAUCACUCCUGUCUCUCUGUUUACCUAUGUACAGACUUCCUUUUGAAUUCCUGAGGAAGUAAUUAAUAUAUCAGGUUUAUCCACUCGUCUACAGUAAUGUGUAGUUAUUAACGCCUGCAGAGUCUAUAUGCAAUACUCAAAAUGUUCUUUAGUUUGGGGAGUCUCCCUCAACAUUGAGCUUCAACAAUAUUGCAAGAGUAUUUGUAUAAAGAAGCAGUAAUUUAAGAUUCUUUAUAUUCAUACAAUAGUGAUAUUUAUGAAUAAAAAUUAUUAAAACUGUUCAUAA